AUGGUGCUCAACGUAGCCGCCAUGAUCACCCGCUUCCAAGGCCAAACCUUGUCCGACGAAGUCUUCCUUGGCCAAUGCCUUGACGAGUUCUCCGACACCAUGGACCGACAAGACGAGGUCAGCGACUCUACCUGUCCCGUCCUCGCAAGGUCCUGGACGACAGCGGUGAAGAAGGCGUUCGGACGUGGGAGACGGCACGCCAUGGACUUUGGAUAUCGUCCGCCCACGUUCCAAAAGCUUAAUCUGCGGGUCAUCGAGUCUGUGGGGCAAGUGUUCUUUGAAGCGUUCAUGAAGAUGCCAAGCAUGUUCGACCUUCGAGCCCAAGACACCGUGUUUGAGAACUACCCCUACGCAUUGUAUGCGACGGACGUCAAGUUUCAGUCGUCCGAGCGCCCUGCCGGUCGCCAUGGGGCAGCCAAGCCGUACUUUAGUGUCAAGCACAAGUUGUAUGGGCUCAAGUUCGAAGCCUCUGUGUCACCGCAAGGUCACCUGGUGGACAUGAGUGCAGUACAUCUCGGCGCCGUGGCUAACUUGACGAUUCUGCGCACCCGCAUGAACCAACACCAAGGGGCGCUGAAGAAGACCGAACAAGAACUAAACAUCAUCGACCACGGCGAGCAAGUACAUACCCACCGCGACAAGUGGGCAUUCCUCGUUGACAAGGGCGAAUGCCAUGACAGAUCUCCAAGCGAUUCAUCCCAAGAAGAACCCACCUCGCGGUCUAGAUGCUGA